AUGCCAAAGUAUGAUUUAUGCCAUUUUGAAAAUUGCUUUGAUUGUUUGUGUGGCUUGGGCCAAUCAUAUACUGUAGGUACAGAUUUAAAUUCUCGUGCUUAUCUUUCUGCUGCUACUAUGGUUAUGUAUGCGAAUAGUUUUUCAACCUGUGUUAUGGGUUUUGGGUUUUAUUUCCUUGCUUACUAUAAACGAUUUUACUGGUGUUAUUGUCUAAUUCUAAAUAAAUUGAACAAUUUCAAAGAAGCAAACUUAAGCACUCCUUGA